GUUUUCAGCAAUUCACCUCCAUGUUGCGCCAGGCUCUAGGUGUCGGUCGGGCGCUUCAGCCGUCGCGCGCUCUGCAAGCGUCGCACCGUGCCAUACCGUCUGGCGCUCAUGUUCGAGCUUUUCAUGCAUCCGCUCGCGCGUCUGAGCUCCGUCGCCGUGGAGGCGAGGAGGAAAUGCACUCCGAGGAUGCGUUCGACCUGCUCGAAGACGAGUUCGAGGACGAUGACACGACGACGCUGGGUCACCACAUGAUUGACGAGCUGCGGGACAAGCUGUACUACAUGCGUCUCAUCGAGCACGAAUGUCCGAAGCUUGUUGCCUUCCGCAAACCAUUCGUCCCGCCAUCGCCUGACCGUCCCCUUAUCGUGCGGUCAAUUGACUAUGCCGGUGAGGAGCACCCGGUAACGAACAAGCGCGCCAUGACGGUCUCCGUCGACGAGCUCCCGCUGCACAGCGAGCGCGCGAAGCACAAGGUCAAGCUGCUGGCCGGGACGCGCUGGACACCCAGUCCGCCCAAGGACGCUGGUGUGCAGGGGUCUGCUGUCUGGGCCAACGGGUUCAUCAAGAUCUCUUGCGAGGACUUCCCCGACCCGGCCAUGAACCUGAAGUGGAUCCGCGACACGCUCGUGCGGUUGUGCAAGGAAGCUAACAAACCGGACGACCAGUUCCAGCUUUCCGAGCUCCCGGUCGACAUGCGCCACGUCUUCGCGCAGCGCAAGAAAGCCAAGAAGGGCGAUCACAUCCGCGACCGCGUCUUCCACAAGCCAACCAUCUACGACUUCCCCGCUGAGUGGUUGAAGCCCGAGCACCGCAGGCCCGUGCAGCAGAUCCCCGAGCAGUUCGCGGCGGCUGCGGACGGCAUCAUGUCGGCGGCGCGCAACGCGGACUGGGAUGACAACGUCCUCGCGCAGAAGAUGCACUCGCAGUGGGCUGGGGAGGCGGAUGGGUUCGAGGUCCCUCGCACGUCGAAGGGCAAGGUGGACAAGGCCAAGCUGGAGGAGAAGUUGCGCAACAUCGACCCGGCUUUGCUCGACGCCUACCGUGCUAGUGCCUCCGCGCUUCAGAAGCCCGCACCGAAGACAGAGGCGCGACCAUAAAAUAGACCGCUCUAAUAGUCGUAUGCACUGCACUCCUGCUCUCCGUUCCACAUGUGACCGCGUCUGCGCCAUUGAGCCCGGUCGCUUCAGAAAGACAAGGGCAAACAGAUCGUUGAGGUUCGAACAUGUUCCGGCAUUUGCCGCAGCUUAAUGAAUCUUCGCUUUCCU